UCUUCCAAGAUAUUCAACGUGUAUACCACCAUUAUCACUGUACUGUGAUUCUACUACGUUUCCUAUUCUUUUUUUAAUUCAUAUUUUUACAUCUUUCGGAACAAUGUUUGAAGAAUGCGCCAAAAUCUUUCGCAUUUUAUUGGCAAAUUGGAGACGAAGCAAUAGUCAACUUCAUGACAAUGAAUUAAAUAAAAACUUGGAAGAUUUGAUUUUACCAAGCAAUGAAGAUUGGCGUUAUCGAGUCUAUUAUCAACUGGUUGAAUUACAAAGAGAAUCUGAUACCAUUUUUAUAAAAAACAGGGUCAACGAAACUAGAUUGGAAACUGAAACAAAGUUAGAAGUGAAACGUAAGAAAAAUGAGUGGGAAUGGGAGCCAAAGAGAUACGGAUAUAGUUUUAAGGCUAAGCCUAGCCAACAGGAAGGAUUGAAAGGAAAAUCAUCGACGAUCGUCGAUGGUUCAAUGAUAGAAAUGUGCAUCGAACCAGGUUGGCGCCUUAACGAUAUUUUAUUGGCGGCGAAGGUUCUUCGAAAAGCUCAGCCACCUCCAGUAUAUUCAGAUGAGGCUGAGAUGCGUCGUGUAUUCGGGCUUGUUUAUGAUGUUUUUAGAUAUAAAAAGAUAUUCAUUCGAGCUUUGGAAGAUGCAGGUUUUUGGCAACGUAACAGGGCGAUCAAAAAUGAAGAAAAGAUCGUUUGGUUGCUACUAUAUGACAUGCAAGGAAGAAAAUUUUCAAAACCACGAUUUAAUAACACAACCUUUGAAGAACGUGAAAAUAUUUUUAAGGCUGCUGGAUUGACGGAUAUCGACAACGCUCUUUCGGGGAUGAAAAUCCAUCUUGCCGCAAGUAUUUCGCGGCUACGUAUUCGCGGUUCUGCCCUCAAACUUGAUGAAUUGCUACCGAGUCAUUUGCGCGACAUCGAAGGUGUCACUUGGGGCGUACAAACUACUGUCGCUUCUGGAUGGAUAAACACCAUGAAAUUUGUCAACAAGGAAGAAUUUCUAAAAGAAAUGUCGGAACUGAAGUUAAAAUAUUGUGAAACAAAAAAAGAAUCUAUAGAACUUGAAGAAAAUGAGUUUGCAUUCGAUCCUAUUUGCCCGAAAAUAAUUUAUUUGCACGAGAUCAAACGGGAAAUGCUGGCUGUUUCCAAGCUCGUUUGUAAUCAUCGUUUUAUAUUUUUAGAGAGAUCAUUGUGCUUGGGUGCGGCAACAUUGGCACAGGUAAUCCGUAACUGUAGAUUCUAUGGCCCGGUGAUUUUAACUCAUUCACUAGCACCUCGACAUACCGGAUAUCUGGCCGGGCUAUUGGCCGAUAUUGAAUACGCUGGUAAACUUUUGGUCUUCGGAGCUGGUGAUCGUCGUUGCGAGUACGAAAGCUACCUAAAAGAUCUCGAUGUCACAUUGCAACAAUGUCGCGUUUUUUCCGAAAAAUAUGUGUCUCAUCUUUCGACGAUCGAAUCAGAGAGAGCAACUGUAGUGCUGGCAGUUCCAACGUGUACUUAUACGGGUGUCCGAGAUAUCGUCGAUCUUGCAGUAGCACGAGGAGGAGAUGUAGAUCUUCUUGAAUCAUUGACGAAUAAUUACAUUCACAAUGUUCAUAAUAAUGACAAUAAUAACAAUAAAUAUUACAAGAAUCAGGAACAGUGGCAUAGUUUCUUAUCCGAUCAAAUGUCCACUUUGAAGUAUGCUUUGACUAGGCCGAAUGUACAAUUUCUCAUAUACGAAGUACACACAAUUUUACCAUCGGAAACAACGCAAAUGGUUCGGGAAGUGGUAGAAUGCGUUAAUCAGAUGGCCAAGGAAAAAUACUUUCGUGAAUAUCCGAUUCCAGAUACCGAUCUCUUCGAAGUAGGCAAUAUUGAUGACAUUUACGGACAAAAUGUUAGCCACAUGCUAGAUCCAGGAUGUUUUCUUGCUAUAAUAAAACGAAAAGAAAUGAUGCAAUUUGACUCGCUGUUCAUGAUCAAAGUGGCAGAAUCGAAAGAUCUAUUCGGUAUUUCAAAAGCGCAACAACAAUCGAAACAAGAAAUAAACUUAAACCGAGCAGUGCAAACCUCGCAAUCAAGCACACGAAAACGUGCAAAACGUAUCAAGGUGGAAAUGGAACGAAUAAUGGCGCAUACGUAUUCCUCAUUAUCAAAAACCGGACAAGAAAAUCAAAUUUGUCCACGACAUAAACAUUGCUCCAAUUGGAGCGAAGGAAAUGAAUGUCAGUUCAAUUUUAAAGCAUGGCGAAAAGAAAAAAGAAAUGUAUCUCAUAAACCUUUAUACGUUACUUCAUCGCGACAUAAGGAAUUACAAGGGAUACGUAAAAUAUUUUCGGCGCGAUCUGAAAGUAAUGCAUCUACUUCACAUGACAUACCGAAACACGAUAAAUCUUCGUCUAUAUUGACCAAUUUGCUUAGCAUCGAAUCUCUACAACGUCAAGAAUGGAAUCAUACCACUCCAUCGAGUACGAUAUUGAGAUCACCGAUUCUUGCUAGAGCUGUACGUCUUAUUCCGCUAGAGGAUACAAUUAAUAUUGAGGAGUGUGAGGAAAUGAAAAAGCAAACACGAUCAAAAAUGGGUCAUCGAUAUUGGACAUCGAGCAAACCGUCUCGCCUUUUACAUCCUAUUGGAUCUCAUGUGUUCGAUCCGUUUGUUGAUAUAAUUUAGGACAA